ACGAAGUAGCCGGAAGUGGUCGUACAUAACAUGUACAGUUGGCAACAUGAUAGACGGUUACAGCGCUACCGUCCAGACAAUUCUGGGUACGUUGUUUACAUGGGGACUCACAGCAGCUGGAGCAGGACUGGUUUUUGUAUUUCAGAGCAAUCAGAGAAAAGUGUUGGAUGCCAGUCUGGGGUUUGCUGCUGGUGUGAUGACAGCUGCGUCCUACUGGUCACUUCUUGCCCCCGCUAUAGAAAUGGCUGAACGUUCUGGUCUGUAUGGAGAACAGGGACAGUGGUCCUUCAUUCCUGUUAGCAUAGGAUUUAUACUAGGAGCCGUGUUUGUGUAUGGUGCUGACGUUCUCAUGCCUUACUUGGGAGCCAACAGUUCCAACCUCAUUGUGACACUAGAAGCAGCUUCAUCCAAAGUAGAGAAGGAGGAUAAUGUACAGAUAGAUUUUGUUAACCAAAAUAAUUACACAUCUAGGGACCCGUUUUCAUUAUCAACCAAUCCUGCCCUGCGUAGAAAACAGCCAAACGUAGGACCACAGUCACACAGGGAGAAUAUAGAUAUAGAGGAUCACAGCCUAGGAGGGGCGCCGCCUAUAAGCAUUCAGUGGAAACGCAUACUGUUACUGAUCAUAGCAAUAACCAUACACAACAUUCCAGAAGGCCUAGCUGUAGGAGUAGGAUUUGGUGCUAUAGGAAAAUCACCUGCUGCUACAUUUGAAAAUGCCAGAAAUUUAGCUAUUGGAAUUGGUAUACAGAAUUUUCCUGAGGGACUGGCAGUCAGCUUACCAUUACGUGGUUCAGGCUUGUCAGUGUGGAAAAGUUUCUGGUAUGGCCAGCUUAGUGGGAUGGUGGAGCCAAUAGCGGGUCUGUUUGGCGUGGUGGCUGUGUCUAUAGCGGAGCCCAUCCUGCCCUAUGCUUUGGCCUUUGCUGCUGGAGCCAUGAUAUAUGUAGUCGUUGAUGACAUCAUACCCGAGGCACAAACUUGUGGGAACGGCCGUCUAUCAACCUGGGGAGCCAUCGUAGGCUUUGUGGUUAUGAUGUCAUUAGAUGUUGGUUUAGGAUGAAAUAAGUGAGCAAGCCACAUCUACACUGCUGACACCAAAAAACUACAAAGAAACUUUGCAUGGAAUCAAGAUAUCCCAAACAAAGUGCCUUGAGCUCAGUGCGACUCAUUAUGGAAUAUGUCACUGUGAUAUUUUGAUCUGUAUGUUAAUUUGUUCAAUAUAAUAAAAUAUGGUAU